GAGAUGUGGUGGAUAUCUACCAGAGGGAGUUUCUGGCGUUGAGGGAGCGCCUCCACUCCGCGGAGCAGGAGAACCUGCGUCGCUCUAAGGAGCUGAACCUGGUGCUGGAGGAGAUCAAGAGAGCCAUCGCAGAGAAGCAGGCGCUCAGAGACAUCAACCGGACCUGGAGCAGCCUGUCAGAGGAGACCAGGCUGAAGCUGUGGAAUGUGAGCAGCAGUAAAAACGUCCUGCAGCUUCCCUCCGUCUUCCAUCAUCUUCCUCACCUGCUGAACAGAGAGGACAGUCUGCAGCCCGCUGUGCACCUGGGACAGGGACGCACUGGAGUCUCCAUCGUGAUGGGCGUCCCCAGUGUGAAGCGGGAGGCCCACUCGUACCUGACCGACACCCUCAACUCCCUCAUGACCGAGCUCAGCGCCGCCGAGAAGGACGACUGCGUCAUCGUCGUCCUCAUCGCUGAGGCGGACCAACAGUACGCCGUCACUGUAGCAGACAACCUGAAGCGCCUUUUUCCAGUGGAGAUUCAGUCGGGUCUGUUGGAGGUCGUGUCUCCGUCCGUCCACUUCUACCCGGACUUCUCCCGACUCCGAGAGUCCUUCGGAGACCCAAAGGAGAGAGUGAGGUGGAGGACGAAGCAGAACCUGGACUACUGUUUCCUGAUGAUGUACGCUCAGACUAAAGGAACUUACUAUGUUCAGCUAGAGGACGACAUAGUCGCUCGUCCCAACUUCUUCACCACCAUGAAGAACUUUGCGUUGCAGCAGCCGUCAGACGAGUGGAUGAUCCUGGAGUUCUCUCAGCUCGGCUUCAUCGGAAAGAUGUUCAAGUCGUUGGACCUGUCGCUCAUCGUCGAGUUCAUGCUCAUGUUCUACAAGGACAAGCCCAUCGACUGGCUGCUGGACCACAUCAUGUGGGUCAAAGUGUGCAACCCAGAGAAGGACGCGAAACACUGCGACCGACAGAAGGCGAACCUGAGGAUCCGCUUCAAGCCGUCGCUCUUCCAACACGUCGGCACACACUCGUCUCUGGCCGGGAAGAUACAGAAGCUCAAGGAUAAGGACUUUGGGAAACAGACCCUGCACAAGGGUCACGCCAACCCGCUGGCCGAGGUGACCACCAGCCUGAAGACCUACCAGCACUUCACCCUGGAGAAGGCCUACCUGGGGGAGGACUUCUUCUGGGCCUUCACACCUGUCGCGGCCGAUUUCAUACGGAUACGAUUCUUCACACCUGUUCGCAUAGAGAGGUUUUUCUUUCGAAGCGGAAACAUCGAGCAUCCAGGAGACAAACUGUUCAACGUGUCAGUGGAGGUUCUGCCCUUCGACAAUAUUCAGGCAGACAAAGAGGCCUUGACGGACGGGAGGGAGAAAACACCAAAGUAUCACCGGACAGAAGACGGAUUUAUCAGAAUAGGAACGUUCCAGAAUGGGAUUGCAGAGGGGGAGGUGGACCCCACGUUCGGGCCCCUGGAGGCCAUGCGUCUCUCGGUGCUGACGGACUCUCCGGUCUGGGUGAUCCUCAGCGAGAUCUUUAUAAAGAAAGCAGAGUGAAGCCCCCCCCCCCCCCCAACCCCCCCUCUGUGAUACCUCAGAACCUCCAUGUUCAGAUGACCUGAUGGAGCCUCGUCAGAUGACGUCCUGCAUCUCCACCACGGGGCCACAGCGCCGCCGUCUGGCCACAACUCAUCAUCGCAGGGCUGAACAGACCAGAGACUGAAACCAAGAAAACACAGACAGGCUGACGAUGAUGAAGAUGAGGAAGAUGAAGAUGAUGAAGAUGAUGAUGAAGAUGAUGAUGGUGGUGAUUAGGAUGAUGAUGAUGAUGAUGAUGAUGAUGAUGAUUAGGAUGAUGAUGGUGGUGAUGAUGAUGAUGAUUAGGAUGGUGAUGGUGAUGAUGAUGAUUAGGAUUAUGAAGAUGAAGAUGAUGGUGAUGAUUAGGAUGAUGAAGAUGACGGUGAUGAUGAUAAGGAUGAUGAUGAAGAUGGUGGUGAUGAAGAUGAUCCUCUCAGAUGAAGCUGUAAUUAAUCCUGAUGUAUUUAUGUGUACAUACAUACAAGGUAAAUGUUAAACACUGGUUGUCAUGGAGAAAAUGAAUGAUGAUGAUACUGCUGCUGCUUCCAAUGUCAAAGCCCCCCCCCCCCCCCCAGUAAACACGUAUGUGCAGAUAUGCAUAGACCUGUAGACGCUCUCAUGUGAACAACCUCUCCGUGUGUUGAUGUGCGUCUCUAGUUGCUCGGGUCUCGUUUUCCCUCCAUCGUGAGCGAUUUGCCUUAAAGACGAAGAGCAGGUGUUCGAUUAACAGAAGCAGCCCGGACUGGAGCGGCUGAUUACCCAGAAUCCUCGGCCCCUCAAACCAUGUGACUUCAAACUACUGACGACGACAGACGACGAUUCGCUUUGAUACAAAAUCUCUUUUUAUUUGAACUCAGUCCAUGUCACUGACGACUGCUCUGUACCUUUCUACUCUACUCUAUUCUAUACUCUACUCUGAAGUUCUCUGCUCUCCACUGUACUGUUCUCUCUGCUGUACUCUACUCUACUUACUCUCUUCUAUACUCUACUCUGAAGUUCUCUGCUCUCUACUGUACUGUUCUCUCUGCUGUACUCUACUCUACUUACUCUCUUCUAUACUCUACUCUGAAGUUCUCUACUCUCUACUGUACUGUUCUCUCUGCUGUACUCUACUCUACUUACUCUCUUCUAUACUCUACUCUGAAGUUCUCUGCUCUCUACUGUACUGUUCUCUCUGCUGUACUCUACUCUACUUACUCUCUUCUAUACUCUACUCUGAAGUUCUCUACUCUCUACUGUACUGUUCUCUCUGCUGUACUCUACUCUACUCUCUUCUAUACUCUACUCUGAAGUUCUCUGCUCUCUACUGUACUGUUCUCUCUGCUGUACUCUACUCUACUUACUCUCUUCUAUACUCUACUCUGAAGUUCUCUACUCUCUACUGUACUGUUCUCUCUGCUGUACUCUACUCUACUCUCUUCUAUACUCUACUCUGAAGUUCUCUGCUCUCUACUGUACUGUUCUCUCUGCUGUACUCUACUCUACUUACUCUCUGCUCUCCUCUGAAGUUCUCUACUCGACUGUACUCUACUCUGCUCUACUCCUUUUAAAUAUUUAACUAUAAAUUGCUGUACUCUACUGUACUUCACAGUACUCCGAUGUACGUUAAUGGAUUCUACAGUACUCUGGUGUACUUCAUUGUGCUUAACUGUAUUAUGCAGUACUCUGUAGUACUCUUCAGUACUCUGGUGUACUCUCCUGUACUGUAGUUUUGCAGUCUGUUGCAGAAACACUGAUUCACAUCUUUUCCUCCUGUUUCAGUCUCAUUGACGUGUUAGAGGUUAAUAAUAAUGAUUUCUACAUGUUUCUCACCGAAGUUAUUCGCAGGAACAAAAUGGUUCAUUUGAGGAAGUGAUUUAUUUUUUUAUUCCUUGAAAACUUUGUUCAGACUCAGAUUCAGCUUCUUGUCCAAGGCGCUCUUCAUUCCUCCACUCGGGGCUCAGAUGGAAAACAGGCCGAGCAGAACUAUGAAGUGAACUGAGUUUCUCCGAGCGUCAGGAAAACCUCUUUUCUUUGUAGGAUGCACUGGAAUGCAUUGCUAUAAUCUUGUGUUUGUCUUUUGUAUCCUUUAGAUAAACUCUAUUUAAAUGAUCUCAAACUUCUGUCUGAUCUGUGAAUUGUUAAUAAAGACAGAAAUUGAAAUGA